AUGGUUGUGACUGACUUUGUCCCGCGGCAGUUUCACAUCGCAGGUGGAACACACGUGAUUGACAGGUCUGGAUUGUUUAUGUCCCGCCCCUAUGGUCCGUCUCCUCGGUGGAGCGGACAGAGGUGUGCGAGUGCCAGGCUUCUGUUUCAGGUCAGCACAUACAUCACUGACACAGAGGCAGUCACUGGGACGGCCCGGAUACUGCCCUCCCCCUCUCCCCCUUCACCCUCCACCCCAGUGUCAGGUGUGAGCUGCUCCAUUCGUCCAUUCGUUAUACAGGUAUGA